AUGACUACAUACAUCAUCCGCGACGCAACCCCAUCCGACCUCGGCCAAAUCCUUGCCAUAAACACGCACUACAUCCUCAACACCGUCCUCACAUUCAGGCAAACCCCACCACCACCAUCUACCCUUCUGAGCAAAUUCAACGACAUCAAAGCGCGACGCUUACCAUACCUUGUCGCCAUCGACUCAAGCCUCAAACAAAAGAACGAAGACGGGGAUGAGUCCAACGACCUCGUGCUUGGAUAUGCAUACCUUUCCCCUUAUCGUGGCGAAAUGCUCUCCUACGCACCAACAGUCGAACUAACUCUCUUCGUACAUCCGUCUCAUCAAUCAAGGUCCGUAGGCUCAAGGCUUCUUGCCGCUAUCCUCAAGGCUGCCGAGUCGGUGCUCCAUCGCGGGUAUGAGAUUGGCGGAAUCGUCGAUGAGACUGCGACGAAAGCCGUUGCUGAGGAGAAUGGGCUUGAUAUAUCUGUAAGGAAUGUAUUGGCUGUUAUGGCUGUUGAUUCGGAUGGACCGGACGAAGGGGAUAAGUUGAGGAAGUGGUAUGUUGAGCGCGGGUUCGUGGAGAGAGGGAGGUUGGAGAAGAUUGGGUUCAAGAAGGGGCGAUGGGUUGAUACGGUUUUUUUGCAGUAUACUGUGGAUACAAGAGAAGGGGUGUAA